AUUCAUAAUUAAUUUCUAAACCCUAAUCCAGCACCGUUGCUCCUGAGGCACUCUCCUGGUCUCCCUCGACUCUGAAGUCUUAAACCCUACCUCUCAUGGGUGUCGAAACUUAGAACAGUCUGCCGAACCAAACCAGCCCAAAUAUUUCUCCAUAAUCCAGCUCCGAUACCUUGAAGAGCUCAGGAAAUGGCCUACAUAUUUACGCCCAGGUUAUACCAAUGGAAACAUAGAGUUUUGCCUUCUGUUUAUAGGGUUCCGAACCCACCAUCCCUCAAUUUCCUCCAUUUCCUCUGCUCAACAUCUUCCCCGGAUCCCCCAGCAAGCGAUUAUAUCCCUGCUGUUGUUCAAAUGCCGGAUCCAAGCCUAGAAGUUGCCCUUGCGGAAUCGCCUGAAUCUCAAAAUGCAGUUAAUGGAAAACAAAAUGCGAAUCAGAGAACUCCAAGAGGUAGGCGCCGAAACCCAGAAAAAGUAGAGGAUAUAAUUUGUAGAAUGAUGGCGAAUCGAGAGUGGACGACCCGUUUACAAAACUCGAUCCGACGAUUAGUUCCUGAGUUUGAUCACUCUCUCGUUUGGAACGUUUUACACGGUGCUCGGAACUCAGAGCAUGCGCUUCAGUUCUUCCGGUGGGUUGAAAGGACUGGGUUCCAGCAUGAUCCGGCGACACACAUGAAGAUUAUCGAGAUUUUGGGUCGAGCUUCCAAACUCAACCAUGCUCGAUGUAUACUAUUGGAUAUGCCUAAGAAGGGUAUUGAAUGGGACGAAGAUAUGUUCGUUGUGCUCAUUGAUAGUUACGGUAAAGCUGGGAUUGUUCAGGAGUCUGUGAAGAUUUUUCAAAAUAUGAAGGAAUUGGGUGUGGAGAGGACUAUAAAAUCAUAUGAUGCUUUGUUUAAGGUGAUUAUGAGGCGAGGUCGGUAUAUGAUGGCGAAAAGAUAUUUCAAUGCUAUGCUGAGGGAAGGAAUAGAACCAACUUGCCAUACAUAUAAUAUUAUGAUAUGGGGUUUCUUUUUAUCUUUGAGGGUGGAGACGGCUAAUCGGUUCUUCGAAGAUAUGAAAAGUAGAGGGGUUUCGCCUGAUGUGGUUACUUACAACACAAUGAUUAAUGGGUAUUAUCGGAUUAAGAAGAUGGAGGAGGCAGAAAAGCUUUUUGUGGAGAUGAAGGGAAAGAAUUUAGCUCCUACAGUUAUUAGUUAUACUACAAUGAUUAAAGGUUAUAUUUCAGUUGGGCGAGUUGAUGAUGCAUUGAGACUACUGGACGAGAUGAGGUCUUUCAGUAUCAAGCCAACUGCUGUCACAUACUCAACUCUUUUGCCUGGGCUUUGUGAUUCAGGGAAAAUGGCUGAAGCUGGAAAUAUUUUGAAGGAGAUGGUUGAGAGGUACAUUGCUCCCAAUGAUAAUUCAAUUUUUGCGAGGUUGCUAUCCUGCCAGUGUGACUCUGGUGACUUGGAUGCAGCUGCUGAUGUGCUGAAAGCAAUGAUUCGGUUGAGCAUUCCAACCGAGGCUGGACAUUAUGGCAUCUUAAUUGAAAGCUUUUGCAAGGCUGGAGUGUAUGAUCGGGCUGUUAAAUAUUUGGAUAAAUUAAUUGAGAAGGAAAUCAUCUUAAGGCCACAGAGUUCUUUGGAGAUGGAGCCCAGUGCCUAUAACCCCAUGAUUGAGUAUCUCUGCAGUCAUGGGCAGACAGAAAAAGCAGAAACUUUUUUCCGGCAGUUGAUGAAAAAAGGUGUUCAAGAUCCAGCUGCAUUUAACAAUUUAAUGUGCGGACAUUCAAAAGAAGGAUCUCCUGAUUCAGCUUUUGAAAUUUUGAAGAUUAUGGGUAGGAGAGGAGUACCUAGAGAAGUAGAUGCAUAUAGGUUGCUCAUUGAGAGCUUUUUGAAGAAAGGUGAGCCUGCUGAUGCCAAAACAGCACUGGAUAGCAUGAUUGAAAAUGGGCAUCUUCCGAAUACAUCACUAUUCAGGGCAGUGAUGGAGAGUCUAUUUGAUGAUAGUAGGGUUCAAACAGCGAGUCGGGUAAUGAAGAGCAUGGUGGAGAAGGGAGUGAGGGAGAAUAUGGACGUGGUAGCUAAGAUCUUGGAAGCUCUCUUCAUGAGAGGUCAUGUCGAGGAAGCCCUAGGACGAAUCGAACUACUAAUGGACGCUGGAUGUGCACCUGAUUUUGAUACUCUUCUAUCUGCUCUUUGUGAGAAAGGGAAGACAAUUGCAGCUCUCAAGCUGUUGGAUUUUGGUUUGGAGAGGGAUUGUAACAUAGACUUUUCAAGCUAUGAUAAGGUGAUUGAUGCUCUUUUAGCAGCUGGGAAGACACUCAAUGCAUAUUCGAUCUUGUGUAAAAUAAUGGGGAAAGGAGGUGUCACAGAUAAAAGCAAUUGUGAGGAUCUGAUCAAAACCCUCAAUGAGGAGGGGAACACAAAGCAGGCUGAUAUUCUCUUGAGAAUGAUCAUGGGACGGGAUAGCGGAAGUGGAAGCAAGAAAGGGAAGAAACAAGCCUUCACUGCCUCCUAAUUUACUUUCUGUAUAUUUUUACACCCUGCGGUUCUUAGGUGAGAAUUUAUGGACAAAGUUUAGUUUGAGAAUGACAUUCAGAACUCUUGUUUUGAAAUAACUUAUCAUGAAUACAAUUUGAUCCUUCUCUUUUGUUAA